AUGCCCAAGUCGUUGUCCAAGACGGAGCUGUAUGACCUUCCCACCGCUGAAGCCGCAGGGGGUCCAGAUGCAGGGCCAGAGCAGAGGAAGCCGACGAGCAGGCGAGCCGCCCUGUUCCUGCGCUACGUCCAGCCCUGCCUGGCCGAGCUGCUGGGCUCCACGCUCUUCAUCUUCAUCGGCUGCCUCUCGGUGGUGGAGAACGUCAGCGGCACCGGGAGGCUGCAGCCUGCCCUGGCUCACGGCUUGGCGUUGGGCAUCGUCAUCGCCGUGCUGGGGGAAAUCAGCGGUGGCCACUUCAACCCAGCAGUGUCUGUGUCGGCCUGCAUGAUUGGCGGUCUGAAGGUCAUUCUGCUUCUCCCCUACAUCCUCUCCCAGUUGUGCGGCGGCAUGAUCGGAGCCGCUCUGGCCAAGGCCGUGUCGCCGAUGGAGACCUACGACAACACGUCUGGCGGCGCCUUCACCACGGUGCAGGCCGAUGUGCAGAUAGGCCGGGCCGUCGGGGCGGAGGCCAUCAUGACCCUGUUCCUGACCAUGGUGGUGUGCAUGGGAGCGGUGAACGGCAAAACCCGCAGCGUGCUGGCACCCCUAUGCAUCGGCUUCACCGUCGCUGCAGACAUCCUGGCAGGAGGAGGCAUUUCUGGGGCCUGCAUGAACCCAGCCCGAGCUUUCGGCCCUGCGGUGGCGGCCAACUACUGGACCUACCACUGGAUAUACUGGGUCGGCCCUAUGGCUGGGGCUGUGCUUACCGGCAGCAUCAUCAGGUUGCUGAUUGGUGAUGAGAAGGUUCGAGUUUUCUUGAAGUGA